AUGCUCAACACGAAAAAUUCAGGUCGUCAAAAUACCCCGGUAAAAGACCAUCGAUCGGCCACUGAAUAUAGACUUUCAAUCUCAAGCACUCCGGGCUCCAGACGAUCGUCCCUUGGUGUCGCUAACAAUGAAGGAUCUGAAUCCGAGAAUACAGUGAGCAAUUAUCUUCUCCCACAGCUGAGAGAACUCACCGAUGCUGUGAUUACGCUGGACAGCAAUUUUACGCAAAUGAAUUUCAUACACGAAAGCCUGGUGGAUCUGAACGAGUCGGUCAGUGCGCUUCUUUAUGGGCUCAUGUGCAAUUCCUGGUGUGUGGACUUCCCAAAUAUGCCGCACGAUACGGGGGCCGAAAACAAGUUCAAGCAAGCGCUGCACAACCUGGAGGACGAAAAACAGCACCUUUUGACGCAAAUAGCUUUACGAGAUGAGCAAGAUCGGGCAUCUGAGGUAACCAACACAUAUAAUAGGGAGAUCGCGACCCUGCGACGGAACGGGGGAGUCGCGUCAAGAGUCACGCCCCAGCUUCCGCAACAUACCGUUUGGGGCCCGGCUGCAGCAUCUGAUUACAACAAUGAAGAAGACAGCACGGACGCGUCAUUUGUUUCGAACCCUGCAGUUACGAAUCCUGCCGUGUCUUCAGCGGCUGAAAAAUCGAGGCGAAUGCGUCGCAAAUCGAUUUUACACGCCAUGCGCAGCAGUGUGGCAGGCACACAAGAAAUAUCGGACCCUGAAAGACGACGCUCUCUUGCUGUGAGCGCAUCGCGUAUCAUUGGUCCUCCUCGCAAUGCACCGUCGCGUUCAGGUCCUUCAAGAAAUUCUGCCGUGAUGAGUCACAGCACCAAGACGAGGGCCUCUAAAGACUUGUCUACAAAUACUAAAAGACCACCGUUCAGGUGA